AUGUCCGAUCCUAAAAUGUUACAAGAAAUAAUCAAUAAUUUAAAACAGUCUAAGCAGCAAUUACAAAUAGUGGAAUCGCAGAUAAUAUCGUUAGAAUCACAAAAAAAAUUGGCUAAUCAAACUUUACAAGAAUUGAAAAACUACGAUAAAAAUGAACUUUGGAGAGGAUGUGGUAGAAUGUACAUGCUACAAGAUAAGUCAAAGUAUGAAAAUAGUUUAAAGACAGAUACAAAAAGUAUUGAUGACCAUGUUAAAGCCUUGAAUAUUAAAAAAAAUUAUUUAAAUGUAUCUAUUGAAAAUGCAAUCAAACAUUUAAAACCGCAUGUUAAAUGA